AUGCGAGCGUACAUGAAAGCAAAUGUCAAAGUCAGAUAUUUAUUUCCAAGUAUUGAAUACUGGGACCACCGCGGCGCACCUGUUGCUUCUAUAACGAGUCGAGCACCGGCGGCCUCGGCUCCAGCGGCUCCUCCUCGCUCCUGCCGCAUCACGACUCACGCCCGAGCCCGCCGCGACCUUCUUCAGUCGUACAUCAAUGGAAGCGAUGCGUCCAGUCCACUGUAUCAUCGUUAUCCCGCCGAUCGUGGUGAUACCAGAUCAAACGGAGGCCAUCGCCUGUAA